AUGAGCGACGCAGAAUGGAACAAGGUGGAGACCAGAGCAUCCCGCUCCCGCACCAGGUCACCUACUGAAAGUGCUGCCCGUGCAAAAUCUGGAAGUCGGUCUCAUUCUCGCAGUGGGUCAAAAGCUUCAAAGCGGUCUGAGUCUCGUUCCCGAUCAAGGUCAAAAUCUCGAUCACGGUCCAGAAGACGUUCACAUAGAAGAUAUUCCCGCUCCAGGUCUCGCUCCCGUUCACACAGAAGGCGCUCAAAAAAGCCGAUCCUAUACUCCAGAAUAUAGGAGGAGGAGGAGCCGCAGUCACUCGCCAAUGUCUAAUAGGAGGCGGCAUAAUGGUAGUCGGGCAAACCCAGAUCCUAACACUUGCGUUGGAGUCUUUGGCUUGAGCUUGUACACAACUGAGAGAGAUCUAAGAGAGGUGUUUUCACGUUAUGGUCCCCUUGGUGGUGUAAAUGUAGUAUAUGAUCAACGAACUGGACGGUCAAGAGGAUUUGCAUUUGUUUAUUUUGAGAGAAUUGACGAUUCCAGAGCAGAACAAAGAUCUAAGGCAAUGGAACAUGCUAAUGGUAUGGAACUGGAUGGCCGUAGGAUUCGUGUAGACUAUUCGAUAACAAAGCGAGCGCACACUCCCACCCCAGGCAUUUACAUGGGACGACCCACACAUGGUAGCAGUGGACGUCGUCGAGAGUAUUAUGACAGAGGAGACCGAGGUGACCGAGGUGACAGAGGAGACAGAGGAGAGAGAGGAUAUGAACGGGGCUAUGAGAGAUAUGAAGAAUAUGACUACAGGUACAGCAGGAGACGUUCACCAUCUCCAUACUACAGCCGAUACAGAUCUAGAUCAAGGUCCCGCUCAUACAGUCCA